CUCAGUCAGUGAGAGAAAUGAGAGUCGGUUUGACUUAAAUAGUCCGUUUUUUUCUUUUUUCUUUUUUUUUGACGCUAUAACUCGAUGACAGCGAGUCAGGGGCUACAUCACAGACUCAGACAUCACCUCUAUAGGGAAACAACUCUUCUAUAAUGUGUUGUUGUGCUGUCACGCGCCGCUGAGGAAACGCCAGUCUCCGUGUGUUGGUAAAGGCUGUCAGCAUAUUCAGCUUUAAAAGACCCGCCAGACCAUGAACUACGUGGGCCAGCUGGCAGGCCAGGUGUUUGUCCAGGUCAAAGAGCUGUACCGAGGCCUCAAUCCCGCCACCUUAUCCGGCUGCAUUGAUGUCAUUGUAGUGAGACAGCCCGAUGGCUCUCUGCAAUGCUCGCCCUUCCACGUUCGCUUCGGCAAGAUGGGUGUCCUCCGGUCCCGAGAGAAAGUGGUGGACAUGGAGAUCAACGGAGAACCUGUGGAUCUACAUAUGAAGCUUGGGGACAAUGGAGAGGCAUUCUUUGUGCAAGAAACAGAAAAUGAUCAGGAAGUGGUUCCCUCCUACCUGGCCACCUCUCCAAUCUUGUCAGAUGGUUGUGUUCUGUUGAGCUCCUCCCUGAAGGGGAAGAGCACUGGGCCACCUGUACAGACCCUGGGCUCCACGGGGAGCAACGGAGAGACCGGCAGCGGAAUGAUGAAGAAGAGGAGGAAGAGGAGGAGGAAGGCUCGUGCAGACAGCAUGAGGAGAGAGGAGAGUGGAGACUAUUCGGAAGACGAAGACAUGUUCACCAUAGACAUCAGCUCCGAUGAAGGGACGGAGAUGGAGGGCAGCAGGUCUACAUCUCGGGAUGUCUUAAGGGACGAGACAACUGUUGGUUCAACUAGCAGUUCUUACAAACAGGCUGGCAUCUACACCCGUUCGGAUGGAGAGUGGAGUCCCAUCCAGAGCCCUGGAAACUCUCGCCCCACCUCUCCCAAGAGUGACUCUGAGCUAAUGACCAAGCCGUCAGACACAGGCGAUCAGAAUCCAGCCAUGCACUGGGCGUGGGGAGAACUGCCACAGGCUGCCACGCCAUCCUUCCUCCCAGUGAAAUCCGACCCUCCAUCUGUGUGCCCUGUCUCCAUCCCUGUGUCUGAAAGCACACACUUCCGUGUGAUUACCCAUGAGACGUCUUCAGAACAGUAUGGACCCUGCUCUGAAAUAUCAGCACUCAGACUGCUGAUGCCGGAGGAGACGGUAGUCACAGAGGAAACAGUCGACACAGUUGGGAUGGAGUCAGAAUCCACGAGGAUGGAGUCCCAGAUAGCAACCUCAGAGACACAGGUUAUGACGGGGGGACGUGUGGUGCCUCGUAUGAUGGCUGACAUGGAGGAGACGAUGUCGCGUCCGCUUGGCAAGACUGACUCGCCGUCCAAGAAGAAAGACAAGAGAAGCCGCCAUCUCGGUUCUGAUGGCAUUUACCUGGAUGACAUCACAGAGCUCGAGCCUGAAGUGGCAGCACUAUAUUUCCCUAAGAGCGAAAGCAGUGCAACGGUGAGGAGCAUCUCAGACCCGGGCCUCCACAGCACCAGUCUGUCCCCUCAGUCGGUCAGCUCUGGAGGAGACAGCGGAGUGGACAGCUACUGUGACCCCAUGUCUGACUUGCCGUCUAUCGCCAUCUCUCUGUGUGGAGGUCUUACUGACAACAGGGAGAUCACUAAAGAGCAGUUCCAUGAGAAGAUCAUCUCCUACCAGCAGUUUGUGGAAAACCCCUCCAUCAUCGAUGACCCCAACUUAGUUGUAAAAAUAGGCUCCAAGUACUAUAAUUGGAGCACUGCGGCCCCACUUAUGCUGGCUAUGCAAGCCUUUCAGAAGCCUCUGCCAAAGGCCGCGGUUGAAAACAUCAUGAAGGAGAAGAUGCCAAAGAAAGGAGGGAGGUGGUGGUUCUCCUGGAGAGGCAGAAACAACAGCACCAAAUCGGAUUCAGUCUCUGAGCAUGGGGCCUGUGGUUCUGCUGAGCAAGCUGGGAAAAUGACAAGCAGGCAUAAAGAAGAAUCGUCCUCAAGUGAUGAAGACCACAUAGCAGCCAACCAGAGCACUCCCACCAUCCAAUCAGAGCCUGGGCUCGCAUCAGGAGGCGUGUCUUACAAGAAAACACUACGACUCACAUCAGAGCAGCUGAUGUCUCUCCAGCUGCAGGACGGUCCUAACGAUGUCGUGUUCAGUGUGACCACUCAGUACCAGGGAACAUGUCGCUGUCAGGGAACCAUCUACCUGUGGAACUGGGACGACAAGAUAAUCAUCUCAGACAUAGAUGGAACCAUCACCAGGUCAGACACAUUGGGUCAUAUCCUGCCCACUCUGGGAAAAGACUGGACCCACCAGGGCAUUGCCCACCUUUACCACAAAGUCAGCCAAAAUGGCUACAAGUUCCUGUACUGCUCAGCUCGAGCCAUCGGCAUGGCUGACAUGACCAGAGGAUACCUCCACUGGGUUAAUGAGAGAGGCACCAUGCUUCCCAUGGGCCCCGUUCUUCUGAGCCCCAGCAGCCUCUUUUCAGCUCUGCACAGGGAGGUGAUUGAGAAGAAGCCAGAGAAGUUCAAGGUGGAGUGUCUCAAUGAUAUCAAGAACCUCUUCUACCCCAACACACAGCCUUUCUAUGCAGCGUUUGGCAACAGACCAACGGAUGUAUAUUCCUAUAAAGAAGUAGGAGUGCCACUUAACAGGAUUUUUACAGUUAACCCCAAAGGCGAGCUGGUGCAGGAGCACGCCAAGACCAACAUCUCAUCCUACGCACGCCUAGGCGAGGUGGUGGACCAUGUGUUCCCCCUGAAGACGCGAGCCUCCUCCUCAGACUUCCCCUGCUCAGACACCUACAGCCACUUCACGUACUGGAGGGAGCAGCUCCCCCGGGUGGAUCAUCAGGGAACUACACCUCCACAGACUCCCAGUCCCGGCAGCUGACUAACUGUGGCCUGCUGAGCGACUCCCUGCAGGGCGGAGCGCUCACUGACUGACUGUGUGCUUGAGAUGUUGCAGUCAUUUGGACAGUGACGGUUACAUGUGUGUGUGUUACGUGUGUGUGAUAUGAAUCUGUAGAUUUUUGUAAUAGAUGGAGCACUUUUUUUAAGUGCACAGUAGAGAGUCAACCUAGAAGGCCAAUCUGCUGUGAAUAGUCUUAUAACGCACAACAUGGAUGUAAGCGCACUUUUAUCCAAAGAUGGCUUCUGUGGUCAUCUGAUUAGAUGUAUGUAUAUGAGAAACUAUACUAAUUUAUUCAGGCAGCUUAGCACGUAUAUUAUUUUGGAGUGAGUGUUGACAUUAUCUCAGUAGCUAGAGUUUCCACACAGUUUCGAUGACAUCUGUUUAUAAGUGCUUCAGAACAAUACUGUGCAUACUUCAGAAAGCAAGUUACUUCAGCUUGUGCCAAAUGUAGAAUUUAUUUUCGUACUCUGAACUUUUUUCAGUCCAGACUGUUACGGAUCAUCAGUCAACACAGAAAUGCAAAUACAUAGCUAGUUUUACUUUAUAGAAACGUGUGUUAUUCUGUCUGAAAGAAACUAAUCAAGUCAGUAUUAAAUAUUAAAUAUGUACUACAGAGCACAGCGAAUGAAUGGGCAUCUGUUGAGGUGUGGUAGCUAACAAAAGGACAGUCGAAAUGAAUGUUUAUCGUUGAGAAAAUUGAUGCUGACAAGAAAACAAAGCACAAGUUUUUUAAUAGUCAUAAUCAUCAGUUUUAUCUAAAAAUCACGUAUCAAUCACAUAACAACGUAUCUGUAUGUGCAAGAGGCAUUGCUGGAUGAUUUUGUUUUUAAGUGCGAGUCACCGUGUGUUUGUGUUUUGAUCAGAAUGUCAUUUUGCAAAACGUCUUGUAAUUUAUUUAUACGCUCAAAGUUUAUACAGAAACACGUCGAUCGUCGUUGCCUGUAUGACGGUCACAUGUUCUGCUCUUCAAGAUGACACUUAGUUUCAUAAAGUGUGUUGUAUUUAUUUUAUAAUUUACCUGAUGAGCAACUGACUGACAUAAAAACAUAGCUUUUACUGUGCUGUUACUGCCAUUCCUCGUGGAACAUCAGCAUCAGCUGAGAGAGGACAGGAGGCCACAGCAUUAAAAUGAACGUCUGACCUUUUUCUUUUUUGUUUAUUUUCUCUGUUACAGACACUUGAAGAGGAAUCUUUAUUUCUUACAAUACAACAGACAACAUGUGGUCAUUAAUGUGAGCUGCUAUCAUGGUGACCCAUAUCAUUGCCUUUAUAGUUAACAAAACCACCUGAAUAGUAUCAGUACAGUCGGUGUGAGUAAACCUGUAGUUUAUGAGAGGAUGUGUAUAUAAUGCUUUAACAAUGUUAUUCUUUCUAUGAAAGAGCUAAAAGAGCCUGAAAGUAUUUGAUUUUUGCCUAAACUGUGAAAAUGAUGGGUGAUUUGCUCGUUCACUCCCUCCAUCCCCUCUGUCGACCAGUUCACUGUUAAAUUGGUGUAAUCAAACUCAAUAAAAAUGCCUUGUU